UACUUUUGCAAGGCACUGUAUUUCCAGAGAAUUGAAUGUUCAUUUCUUUAGCAAAAGCCGCCUCCAAUAUUGUUUUAGAGAAUUUAGCAGUACGUCCAACCAGCCUCACAACCGCAGACCACGUUUAACCACGCCAUCCAAGGACUCCAUGUCUGGCUUCUUCAUCUGUAACUUACUAAAAUCAUUGAAAUUGUUGCAUGUUGCAUUUUUAUUUUUGUUCAGUAUAUUUUCAGUUUUCUCCUUAUUAAUUUUUUCAUUUGUCAUCUAAAAACCGCUGAUUGCCAUCAUACUUUCUCCUCCCACAUAUUAAACCCUAAUAAUAACAUAGUGAAUACAGAGACAGAGACACGCUCCUAGGUCUGUCAAGGGUGCUAAUCCUCUGUCUUCCUCCUCCCACCACUCCGAUAAUCUGAUUAGUAGACGCUGCUGUCUGGUUAACUGACUAAUCCCUGUAGUCCUCAAUCAGGGACACACACACUCUGUCUUCUGUUUCUAUACACCAAUUUAUUUUCUAUUAGUUUAAGAAUAGCAUACAUUUUUCUGGACACACACAGAGUGGUAGCGGUACAUGGUUGUAUUGGGCCACAAUGCCUGUGUUCUACUCCCCCAUACCCCAGAACCUCCGGAUGGGCCUGGCCUCUGUCGGUGGAUCCGUGUUCACUAACAACAGGACAGGGGACUUUAGCAGUGACUACAACAAGGACCAGGAUGAUAAAACAGUCAAUGAGUUGGUGUCUCACCUACCCCUUCAGAUGAUCCUGUACUUCAACAUAUUCUAUUUCCCAUGCUGGUGGGUCUCUGCUGUUCUCAUGCUGGAUCUAAAGUUGUAUUACCUGCCUGGGUACUACCAGGCUCUACUUGUGACUGGAGUGGUUCUGCUUACCAUCUGUGAAAUGACCAGGCUCUAUUUGGGCUAUAUCGGAAACCUCAAAGAGAAGUCUCUUUCUCUGUGUUCCUCCCUCUGUGAUCAGGUGCCAGAGCUGGCUGGGUUCUGGCUGAUAUCCUUCCUGUUCCAGCUGCCCAUUCUACUCUUCUUCCUGACUGACGAGGACAUCAUCAUCCUCCCUCUGGAGAGGGCCGUCCACUCCAUCUACCUUCUCUUCAUCCUCUCAGAGCUCCUGGCUUCCUUCUUCGCCCUCAGGGCCAUGACCAGGAAGUUAACCCUGCUGUUCCACCUCAGGCAGUUUGGGGAGGUGGAAAACCUUCAUCACCUCCACCAUCACCACCUCCACAUAGCGGGAAAGAGCCCAGCCUUCGGCAUGCCAUAUUAUGGGAGGACUGUUCUGCCCAUGCCACCACACACCAAUAACGUUCACAGCCACUGAUAGAGCACAGAGAGACAACCAGGAACACUGUGACUGGGAUGGAUGGGACUGGGAGAUGGGGUAUGAUCUGGAGGGAAAGGCGUAGGGGUGAAUAGUUUAAUGUGGAAGAGAGUUCUUGAAGGGACUGGGAGAUGGGGUAUGAUCUGGAGGUAAAGUCGUAGGGGUGAAUACAGCCUUGAAAUGAUUUUCCAAAGAGGGAGGAAGCUUUUGAAGUGUUCCAUGAUGUUCAAAAUAUAAUGCUGGAUUUUGUCAUCUUUAUGAAAAGAUGAGUUGAUGCACUGUUUUAUAAUUGUUGUGUUUUCAUUUCUAGAUAUAAAACACGUGUAAAAAAUAUUAUUGGACACCGGUAGUAGUGAUGGUCAUAACAUAUUAGAACCACAUGGUGGCACUAAAUGGCCAUAAGAGGGGUUAGUAAUAAACUGAAAAGUGUUGCAAAGUCCCAAUUUGUCAGGCAGAAUAAUCACAAAGUGUCAUGAUGCACAGAUACUGGUUAGAGAGCCUUUCUGAUUGUCUAUACAAGUGAAGCUUGUCAGGAGCUGGUCAGAAGCUGGUCAGAAGCUGUCAGAAGCUGUCAGGAGCUGUCAGAAACUGGUCAGAAUCUGUCAGGAGCUGGUCAGAAGCUGUCAGGAGCUGUCAGAAAGUGGUCAGAAGCUGUCAGAAGUUGGUCAGAAGCUGUCAGGAGUUUGUCAGAAGUUGGUCAGAAGCUGUCAGGAGCUGUCAGGAGUUUGUCAGAAGUUGGUCAGGAGCUGUCAGAAGCUGGUCAGAAGCUGUCAGGAGCUGUCAGAAGCUGGUAAGAAUCUGCCAGGAGCUGUCAGGAGCUGUCAGGAGUUUGUCAGAAGUUGGUCAGAAGCUGUCAGGAGCUGUAAGGAGACAGGAACAAAGGCAGCACAGUUUAAAAGAGCACUUUUGAAAAUAUGCUGGAUAACACAUCUCAAAUUAACAUGAAUUAAAUGACCAUCCUGUACACCAGACAACAAGUUAUUUGUUCGAGAAGGAGUGGUUCUCUUCCAAGAUUUAAAAGUUAUCUUUCAACAACACAUUUCAACUAAAAACAUCUAAUAACCAGCAUACAAGCAACCUUGUACCUGACCACCAAUCCUAAAGGUUGUCUACAAAUAACAAAAUGAUUAUAUAUCACUAAAUAGAAAUCACAGCCUCAAUGUGUUUCGAGUCAAGCUUAUCUCUCUCUAGCCCAUCAAAUCGAUCUGAUCACUAUCUGAUCGAGAUUUGUGGCAUCUACACAUGGUAAUAAAAUGGGUCUC